AUGAACACAGUGAAUGUGGCAAAGUCUCUGAGAAAAAAAUCCAGUAUUACUCUAUAUGAGAGAAUUUGUACUGGAGAGAAACCCCUUACAUGUAAUGAAUGUGGCAAAAUCUUGGGUUCCAGAGGAAGCCUAAUUAGAGACCAGAGAAUUCAUGCUGGAGUGAAAUCCUUUGAAUGUAAUGAAUGUGGGAAGGCCUUUAGUAGCAGGGGAAAUCUUAAUCGCCAUGAGAGAAAUCAUGCUGGAGUGAAACCUUUUGAAUAUAAUAAAUGUGGGAAAGCCUUUGCUAAAAGGGGAAAGUUAAAUAAACAUGAGAAGAUUCAUACUGGAGAAAAACCCUUUGAGUGUAAUAAAUGUGGAAAAGUCUUCAGCCACAAGGAAAGUUUAACUAAACAUGAGAGAAUUCAUACUAGAGAGAGAUCCUUUGAAUGUGAAAGAUGUGGGAAAGCAUUCUUUGAGAGAGGAAAACUUAUCAGACAUCAGAUAAUUCAUACUGGAUUGAAACCUUUUGAAUGUGAUAAAUGUGGGAAAGCCUUAAGCAAUAAGGGAAGCCUCACUGAUCAUCUGAGAGUUCAUACUGGAAUGAAACCCUUUGAAUGUGAUGAAUGCAGGAAAGCCUUUAGUCGCCAUGGAAGCUUGAUAACACAUAAGAUAAUUCAUAGUGGAGAAAAACCUUUUCAGUGUAAUGAAUGUGAGGAUGUAUCUCUUUUAGGACCUCAUACAAGUAGUCUCUGUAGUUCCUGUCCCAAGUUGUGCUAA